AUACACUACCCAAGGCUCACAUCGACUAAUCCAUCAACUCUACCAGAAGCAAGCAUGGCCCUCCCCCUGACCCACAAGCCCAACACCCUCUCCCUCCACCUCCUCGACCGCGGCUCCCCCUCCACCUUCCACUGGAUUCUUUAUCUCUCCACCUCCCCUACCCAGGGCCAAACAUUCCACCUCAUCAACGCUCCGGGCUCAGACGUCUGGACAUUCGACUCCCAAACCACGCAGGAUAUCACGCACGGCAGCCGGCUCCUGGUGGCCUUGGAACUGGGCGAGGUAGAGCCCGCGUUACACACUGCGCUGGCGGAGCGGCUCGCCCAGGUUCCUGUGGGAUACUCUACCAAAUUCCGCGAGGCGAUGACGUGUCGGGUCUGGGUGAAGGAGACGCUAUUUGCGCUGGAAGAGGAGGGGUAUCUCUAUCUACCGGUUGGGGGUGUGCAGGGGGUGGACAGGAUUGAGGAAGAGGCGAGGGGGUGGGCGAUGCGGGAUCGGGUUGCUGGACGGACAUUAGUAGCGACAUGUUCAUCAUGCUCAAAACGCGUCACCCUGACAGCAACAGGGGCUGUGGUUUAG